CUUAAGCAAAGGACUCAUUAAUUAUUGUAAACCCUGUGUUUCAGCUCACAGCACUGAAAUUUUGUCACCCAUAUCUACUGAAGUUUGGGAUGUUUAAAAACAAAUUGUGAUGGCUUUGCAUUUAAAAUACGAAACUCUUCCUAAAAAUCCAGAAUUGGCAGAGUCAUUUGAUGUUUAUAUGUGUAAUGGCUAUUCUCUUCCCUCGUUUGCUGUCAAGUUUUUAAAAGAGGAGGCCAGUUUAUUUGAAGCAAGAGAUGAUGAUGUUUAUAUUGUUUCUUAUCCUAAAACCGGUACAACCUGGUUGAAAACAAUGGUGUACCUUAUUCGCAACAAACAUUUUCAAGCAUUACCAAAAAAUUUAGAUGAGAAAUUUCCAUACAUAGAGCAUGCAAGAACAAAUUACAGUUCAGUUAAAACUAUGGAAUCUCCACGAUCACUUACGACUCAUUUGCCUUAUUCUUUAUUACCAAUGGACAUCCAUAAGAAGAAAUGUAAAAUUUUGUAUAUAACAAGAAAUCCAAGAGACGUUGCCGUGUCAUAUUAUCACUUUGCUGUUAUGCUUGCAGAAACACAAUAUAAAGGAACCUUCAAUCAAUUCUUUGAAAGAUUUCUUCAAGAUAGAGCUACUUACGGUCCAUUCUUGCAUCACAAUCUAGAAUUUUGGAACCAUAGAAAUGAUUCAAAUGUUCUCUUUUUGUUUUAUGAAGAUUUAAAACAGGAUUUAGCUGGUUCUAUUGAUAAAAUUGGUAAGUUCUUAGAAGUUUCUCUAACAGUUGAAGAAAUAAAGUCUGUCAUAGAACACUGUAAUUUUAAAAGUAUGUCCAAGAGUGAAAAUUUAGAAAUGUCUUCAGAUUUAAAGACACAUAAAGAUGCCAAGUUUUUCCGUAAAGGGAAAGGAAUUGAAUAUUCAGAGGUGCCUACUGGUACGAUUUUCUAAUCAAGAUUACAGUUUUUGUAUAGAAUUUUAUAGUUUACAGCAAAAACUUUACUUUAAAUUCAUGCAUAGUAUUAUUUAUAUUAAGUAUACACCUUAUAUAGAAUUCAGUAGUAAAAAUACAUUGAAAUUACUCUGAAGUGAAUUUAGCAUUUCUGAUAGCUAGUUUGGAAUGUUGGCACCUUUGAAAAGUAAAUGCAAUUCUAUUUUAGAUCAAUAUUGUUUUUAAUUUGGAAUGAACAUAUAUGAGUAUCUGCUUAAUAGAAAAUGGAUAUAUUAUUUCUCAGAGUGGAAUAUUGACAGGAAACCUUUUUUCCCCCUAGGAGAGAUUGGUGACUGGAAGAAUUAUUUUGAUGAGGAUAUGAUUGAAC